AUGGUUGAGUUCGGAACGCAGACACCCGACAGUCAAAAAGGAGCACAACUUCGCAUUCAAUAUGGGGGCUUGUCCUUUCGUAUGGGUUUGCUUGCGUUAGCUGUGAAUGUGCUCUGUAUCCUCAACGGCUGUUCGUACUACUUGUACUGGCGCCCGCACUUUCUACACGUCCACUCUCCACCAGCCGCGCUCUACACGACUGCGGCUGGGGUGUUUUUCCUCUUUGUCAUGACGCAACUCAUCGUUCAGUUGGCACUUCGCACAAUGAUCAACCAUGCCAGCUUUACGGAGCGGGAGCGGCAAAUUAGAUGCUGUUAUAUUAUCUUUGUUGUUGCAUUGGCGCCAGCAACCGUAGGACAAAUGUUACUCUUCGCACGUGGAUGGUUUGACAAAUCCAAACCGUACACCGCGUUAUUUGUUGUUACGGCAUAUUUGAAUAUUAUUUCUGGCCUCUGUUCGCUGUCGUACUUGUGGACCUCUACCUGUGUUAACUGGAUUCAUAUGAGUGUGGCCCAUGCCGCGUUGGAAAAGCGAGCAGAGCAGAAAAGGGGUUGGGACAAGCAGAUUGCAUAUAUUGUCAGUACACUAAAAAUGCCAGUUUCCUCAUUGCCGUUGGACUCGCACUGA